AUGUGGAAGCUAAGUCUAUCUGCAGCUUCUACCUCCAGGCUGAUGUGUUACUAUAACAGCAAAGCAGCAGACAGACCUGCUAUGGGGAAGUUCAGUGUUUCAGAUAUUGAUCCAGACAAGUGCACCCAUCUGAUUUUUGCCUUUUCUGACAUAAUUGAAAAUGAGCUGGUUCCCACAACUGUGAAUGAUGUUCAGCAGUACUUUGUCUUUAACGCACUCAAACAAAGAUUCAGGACAAUGGCGGGAUCACAAGAGAACAGAGAAUUGUUCAUCAAGUCUGUUAUCAAACUACUAAGACCAUUGAAGUUUGAUGGGCUAAACCUUGACUGGAGGUAUCCAACUGAAGAGGACAAGCAGAGAUUCACAGAGCUUUGCAAGGAGCUCAAAACAGCCUUUGUGGAUGAAGGAACUUCAAGUAACCAGAAAAGAUUAAUCCUUGCAGCAUCUGUCUCUGCUGAGAGGUCAACCAUCGAUGCUAGCUAUGAAGUGGAAGAAAUUGCCAUGCACUUGGAUUUCAUCAAUGUGUUGACAUUUGACUUCCACGGCCCCUGGGAAAGUGUCACAGCACAUCACAGCCCCUUAUUCCAGGGAUCCCAAGACACUGGAGAUUCUAUCUACUCUAACACUGCCUCUGCCUUAGAGUACUGGCGGGACCAGGGAGCACCUGAAGAAAAACUGAACAUGGGGAUCUCAGCUUAUGGACGGGCUUUUUCCCUGUCCUCUAAUUCAAGCGCUGUCGGUGCACCAGCCAGUGGUCCUGGUGAGGAAGGCUGCUACACCGGUGAAGAAGGAUUCUGGGCCUCUUAUGAGACUUGCCUUUAUCUGGAUGGGGUACAAACCCAUCUUAUUUCUGAUCAGAAAGUUCCAUAUGCCACAACAGAAAAUCAGUGGGUUGGAUUUGACGACACAACCAGUAUAAGUACCAAGAUCAAUUACCUCAAAGCAAACAACUUCGGCGGAGCCUUUGUCUGGUCUCUGGACCUGGAUGACUUAAGUGGGCAGUUCUGUAACCAGGGCAAGUUCCCAUUCGUUAGCCAACUGCAUAAUCUGCUAGUACCAGGUAAACAACUCGUCAAAAACUUCCCCUACAACAACCGCAGAUACCCCUACAGCAACAGCAGACCCUACAACAACCACAGCUGCCCCUACUACCACAGCUGCUGCUUCAACAACCACAGGUGCACCAACUACAACCACAUCUGCCGCUACAACCACAUCUGCCGCUACAAACACAUCUGCCCCUACAACAACCACAUCUGCCCCAACAACAACCACAGUUGCCCCAAUUACAACCAUAGUUGCCGCUACAACAACCACAUCUGCCACAACAACAAACACAGCUUCCCCAACUACAAUCACAACUGCCGCUAG